AUGUCCCAGGUGGAGGCUGAGUGCCAGCAGGUGGCGGAGCAAGCCGUGAGGCGGGAGGAGGAGCUGAGUGGCCGAGUCAGUGCCCUGGAGAAGGGUGGCCGGCAGGCCGACGGCCAGAUCAAGGACCUGAAGGAGACCAUCUUUGAGCUGGAGGACCAGGUGGAGCAGCAGAGGGCCGUCCACCUCCACACCAACCAGACCAUCCUGGACCUAGAGAGUACGUUCACUAGUGUAUAUAUCACCAGUCUACUACUGUACUACCUUACCUCCUCCAUCCUGGACCUGGAGAGUACAACUGUCAUCAACCUAACUUUUACUUGUUACAGGAGCACAGCACUCCUAAUCACAUAAGGCCCAGAUUAAGCCAACACCUGCACUAAAUAGCAGGAAUAGGCUUAUUCAGUGUAUAUCACCACUGUGGGAAGCUCUGUGAGUCCAUCAGGCAGGUCUCUCAGCUGGGGCUGACAGAUGCGAGCAGCUGUCUGAGGCACCAGAUCUAUGGCUGGGCUCCACUACACUGACAUACAGAUAUCUGAGUGUUGGCCUGACAGGGCUCUCCACUGAUUCACUGUGACCCUACAGGCUUGUUAGAUGUAGAGAACUAUUAAAGGCUCUCUCCCACUGAGCCCUUAAUGCUGGGAUGACAUGCAGAUUGUCUCCCCACCAGAAGCCUCAGCACAGCAGACACACAGACAGACACAGGCAAUUCUGUCCAACUUCAACUGCACACUGUUUUAUUACGAGCACAUCUGUCUCUAUCCUACAGACCUGUUUGUGCAGUUGGUUAAAGCAAUGCUAUAACUAAAUAUGUGUAGCGGUAUGCAUUGUUUGAGUCCUUUUAUUUGGUUAGUGGUGAGGCUCGCGACACAUGGAUUAAGUAUGAGUUAUGGAUAUAGCAAUGCAGAUUUAACCGAUAGCAGGCUCAUAAUAACCAUAUAAAUUAGCCCUGUAGUACCACCAGUAAAAGAGGUUAGAUUUACUGUAUAUAUUUAUCAGCCUAAGAAAUGGCUGCAGCUCCUCCAGUUAUGAUAUGCGCCUCUCGCAGAUGUAUUCUGUGGUUGAUGUUUUCAAAGUAAUGACAUAUUUCUCUUUCUUUACAGACCAACUCAAGAAGCUGGAGGAGCAGAAGGCUGAAGUGGAGAGGCAGCUGAAGAUCUUGAGUAAACAAAUGAAGGUAGUGAUCUGACUGUUAGUGGUUUUAUACUUUCAGGUGGUUUGCUGUUGGUCAAGAUGGUAAAGGUUUGUGACUGCUAUGAUGCAAAGAGAAUCACAAUCCUCAUAUGGUAUAUACUGUGUGUGUGUGUGUAUCUGUGUGUGUGUGUAUCUGUGUGUGUGUGUGUGUGUGUGUGUGUGUGUGUGUGUGUGUGUGUGUGUGUGUGUGUGUGUGUGUGUGUGUGUGUGUGUGCAUUUGUGUGUGUGUGUGCGUAUUUAUGUGUGUUUGUGUUCAGGACGAGACGGAGGAGUGGCGGCGGUUCCAGGCAGACCUCCAGACAGCCGUAGUGGUGGCCAACGACAUCAAGGUGGAGGCCCAGCAGGAGAUCCGCUCUCUGAGGAGGAGGUUACAGGAGGAGCAGGGGCGCAGCGCCAAGCUCUCCUCAGACCUGGAGCAGCUGCAGGGAGUCAGGUACGUACCGUAUGGCUGGGAGGGUUUAGUACCUACAGCAGUACUAUUCAAUUAUGGUCCUGGAGGGCCAAAACACUUCUGGUUUUUGUUUCUACCUGAAUGUACUCAUCUGAUGUUCCAGGUCUAAAUCAGCCCCUGAUGAGAUGGGAAGAAUGUAACCCAGAAGUGUAAUUGGCCUUAAGGGGCCCAAUUUGAAUAGCCCUGACCUACAGUAUACCUUCCCUACUCCUCCCUCUGUCUCUAUCCAACAUCCAACCUCCUCUCCCUUCCCCUAGCCCUUCCUCUCUCGCUCCCUCUCAGCACUGGGCCUCUCUCUAUCCUAGCUAACACACUCUGUCCUGGAGCUGCUGCUACUCUAGGGCUUGCCAUAUCCCACCGAUGGUAUAAGUGUUCAAUAUAGUAGUCAGUAUCAUAUAGGAUGCAGUGUGGGAGGCUAUAGGGAGCCGAGAUGGAAGGAACCAUUUGUAUUUCAAUACGCCAUUAAUCGGUUCCUUUUAAAAUAUUUUAAGAGGCUUCCCCAAAAAUUCUGAUUUGACCUCACGGUAGCUUAUGAUGUUCAGCAUUGUUUGUGUGGGGGAUGCAUUGAAACGAGGUGAUGCUAGCUGCCAAUUAGGAUAUGAUUCACCAUUAAGUCCAAUAAUAAUAUUUUAAUAUCCAAAUCCUUGGAUUCUCAAGCCUCAAAUUCUGGGAUUUUGGGGGGCUUAAAAUCCUGGGCUUUGGCAAACCUUGCUAAUAGAGGAUUGGCAGGCGGUCUCCUCUCAUGCAUUAUCUUGGUCUGUCCAUCUGGUUGCUGCUGCAAUACUCUGACUGCUCUAUCUGUCUGUCUACCACUCACCACCACCGAUUGUAACACACUGGACUAGCAGUGGACCCUAGCAUUUCACUGAGACAAGCUGUUUUAUCGGAGUAGUGUAGCACUAAUAUAGUGGCUUAAGCUCUGCCUAGAAAUGCUGCUGCCCAGACUGCACUGACAGAAGCACUAAACUUUUUGAGUCGGUUCUCUUCAAAAUAUAAAAUGAGACAGACACUUUAGCAUCAUUCCUCUGUUUUGUUUUGUUUCAUGUGGCUACCUGUAUACCAUGGUCUGUGCUGCCAGGGACAUGAUUGGUUGGUGUGUUGAUGAAAAGCUUAGCCUAUUGGUCCUGUGUCUUGUGUGCAGUGACAAUGACAGUAUGAUGAGAGGCAAAUUAGGCCAGUAUUGUUAAUAUUACAGAGCUCAUCAGUUAGUUUGUAAUAUAGCUUGCCUGACAUAAAACAUGUAAACGUGUAAAUUAGAACGUAAAGAAGAAUGCGGUACUUUACUUUACUUUCCCCUGUACGUGCCUGGGACAAACCAGACCAGAAGCUCCCCUCCUCCCUGAGAUCAUUCGUUCUCUCAAGGAUGUCCCCCUCUCAGACAUGGCUCCUUAUAGAAAGCCCAGGUGAGUCCACUGCACUGCACUGCCAGCUCAGUGAAUGCUGCCUUUAGAGGGAAUGCUACUGCUGAUUUUCCUUCCUACUGCUUCCUGCUGCUUCCUACUGAUUGUCUGUCUGACUGGCUGGCAGCUGCACAAACUGUAUAUCAGCUGCCUGUGUCCUUUCAUUUGGGUGGGCUGGGGUUUGCUUUGCUUAAUUUCUACCAAAAGAAACUGCUACUAAAAUGUUAUUUUGGUACUUGGCGCCACCUGCUGUUCUGUUGAAUCAAUCCUUUACCUAGCCUCUCGGUUCCUCUGGAGAAUUGUCAAGUAGUAUGACACGGCAUGACUGAUUUGUACUCAUGCUACCAUCUGCUUUAUUAAAUAAACAACAUUUGGUCUGUAUAGAAUUGUAUACAUGUAGACAGAACUCAGGACAGAUUUUAUUUCAUUAGCCAGCUAAGAGACACAUGGAGACAGAGAGAGGGACAGACAGAGGAAAAGCCUCUAUUGCUAUAGUGACUUUAGAGAAAGAAACCACUCUGGUUGUGCUACAUACAGUAUACAUGUGCAGUUGGGGUCUUAAACAAAUUACAGGUAGACAAGUACAUGGCUUUUUAUGAGGGUAUAUUCUCUAUUUAUUUCAACUCAUGUUGUCUCUGGUUUCGGUCUUGUUUUUCAGACUUGGGGCUGGAGCCAGUUUUGAUACUAAGACUGCAGUAGAGGGGCGGUAGAAAAGUCAAACCACAUCACAUCGGGACUCUCUGAAGACAGACUGACAGUAUUAUUGUAAAGAGUUGCUUUGAUCAGUAUUACCAUAAAAACUGAUAUGUGGUAUGUAAUUCUGAUGGGUUUAUUAGCAAGGUUGGUGACCGGUGCAUAUACAAUAUGAGCCCCAGACAGAGUCAGACUGUCGUUUACAGUUAAUCCAAUCUGUUGUGAAACAGCACUUGGCUGCCAAAUUAACACAUAUUUGUUCGUGAAAUCUUUCUAAAAUGCUGUACACCUUUUUAUCUGUGUUGUUUGCAGUGUUUUCUGUGGUAUUUGUGUUUAUGAAUCUCUCCUCUCUGGCGGUCAAGAGAGGGGACUGAUCAUAAGAUAGGAGGGGUUUCUGUUACUGAUUCCUAUUUGCUUUUGUGCCUUUUAGACACUUAAAUUGCCUCAGUGGUGAAUAUUCACUUACUCAAUGUGUUGUUAAAGAAGAGUCAUUGAUUUGUUAAGAAAACAAAUGAUGAGAAUUAGACACAUUUUUUGUUCAGUUCUCUGAAGGUUGACUGAAGCACAAACAGUCUGUUUAUCAGCUGUAUGCUGACAGUUAUCAUUAUGAGUCAGAUAUAUUUUUUCUGUUAGGUUUCAUUACGUUUCAGGCCAAGUGCAAGUUUAAAAAGCCAAACAGAAAAGCUUUUCAAGUUAUUUUUGUUGAUCAGAGCUGGUUUUAUUGGUCUUUUGGUUUAUAAUUGUUCUAAUACGUUUCCUAGCAGUUCUGCAUCUGUGGUUAUUAUUACGAUCCGUUUCUUAUAACUGACCGUUUGGAAUAUCUGUUACUUCAAAAAGUGCUUGGAUGAUAUUUACGUUUUUUUAUGGUAAUAAUCAACAAUCAGUUCACUUUAAGUUUCAAGUCUUUGAGAGUAUUGAUGGCUACUUAGAUGUAGUCAUGUACUGUAGUUGGAUAUUUGGUAUUUCAUUUGCACCUUGUGUUAAAAAUGUAUAUCAGAUAAUGUGGUGUGAUAAUUUACCACUAGAUGGCGUUAUUUACCAGACAUCAAGAACGGCAAAACAUCAAUAACCUGCACUGGUCAGUAGUCCUACAUUGUGUGUAUGUAUAGUCACCGAGCUACAGUUGAAGUCCAGCUCACCAGUUUGAGUUCUGCCUACAGACAACAACACUGAACCACAGACAGUAUAUUAUUACAUUAUCACUGGUCAUUAUCACGUUAUCACUAAUAAUGUUCACACAGGAAGGCCACUGUGAAUUUAAGCCAUAAGGGUAAUCAACUGCUGAUCACUGCCCAAUUCAAUCAGCCCUCACUGCCUCAGAUUUACAGCCGUGCCUAAAACUCAUUAUGAACUGGCUUAACUCAUCAAAAUGUCAAAAUCAUUGUCAAAAUGUUCUUUAGUUCUGUAGGCCAUAAUGUUCCACUCUGAACUUCAGCGCGCUAAAAGCAUUGUGAAUUUUUUAUCACUCAUUCUGAAGUAUUUCUAAUGCAACCCCAUCAGGUCAAAUAAAAAGCCUCUCAUUUUUGAUGACUGCUUCAGGGUAGACGUCAGAUCAUUGAAGUGAUGCUGGCGUCAUGACACCCAUUAGAAGUGUAUAAUGACCAACUGCCACCCUGUAAACCUCAGGUUAUAAUGAUUAUUAUUACCUAGUAACAGGACUAUUCAGUAGAUGCAGUCAUACAAAAGCCAUAGUAUUCGACCAGAGACAGAUAGACGUGCUGGUUAAGUUUAACUUUGAGUACUAUCGAUAUUGCCAAAAAAGGCCACCUCAUCAUAAGACAUAUGGUGGUAACUGUGUGUUGAUUAACUUUUAUCUUCCUUUGAUUAAAAGCCAUGCUCAACAGUUCAACAAGUGAAUGUGCAACAGUUGAUUUAUUAUUUUAGUUGAAAUCUUAUUGAGAGUUGGACUCCGGUUUUAAUACCUGUGACAUACAAUACUGUUUAUCUAGAGAAAUAGUCAAUAUAAGGUGUUUGUCUGUCUGUUUAUUUUGUAUUUGUUCAAUGGAAAGUCAAUAAAUGAAAUGACUCUA